GCACCUUUAGGCCACCAUGAAAUCGAACGAAGAUUUCCCAUUAGCAGGUUUACUCGGAGGCAUCGAUUUUCAGGCACGGAAAUUACAUUUGCAGCAAGUCAACGGAGUACGUCGCGUUCACCGUGUCAACCGUGACUUUUGUCCCCCUGGCCACAUUUCUUCACCCAAACCUUCUCAUUUCCAAGGUCAGCAAGAUGACAACCAUCAGGUUUGGGAGCAGCAUUGGACCAUCUCUGCUGGCCCGCUCUGCAGAGAGUUCUUUGGUCAAAGAACCCGCUGAAAAGGGCGACUUUGACCCAGAUAAACUCUGCCAGUGUCCAUUUGAUAAGAGCCAUCAAAUCCGGGCUUGUCGCCUCUCGUAUCACCUUAUAAAAUGCAAGAAGAACCAUCCACAACUGGCCAAGGAGCUGAAAACCUGCCCCUUCAAUGCUUGCCACCUGGUCCGGAAGCAUGAACUCGCCAACCAUAUGGAAACUUGUCCCAACAGGAUUCUAGCGGGCACAACGGAGGGUACAACUGAAGUAUGGAGAAAAUGGGAGGUUCCGGUCAGGUCACACUCGGUGUGCACCAGCGACAUGACCGAAGACUGGGAUAAGGAAGUCGACGAGGCAGCCGUUCCAUUUAUUUGGGGUGAAACCACGUUGACCGGUGUGCAUCAGGGAUCAGAAGCCCAGGCCUCCAAUAGGGUCGGAGCAUCGUUCCGAGGACCCUUUUCCCUCCCAUGGUAGUUUAAAAUGUCAUUUUAUUGGUUGCUGUUGAGACCAGUUCAUGGAUGUUUCUUUUUCUAUCGAUCUUGGUUUUCAAAUGUUGCAUGUUUUUGUUUUUAAAAAGUUAUCCUGUGUUCUUUGCUGUUAUUAGUAGUGUUUUUCUGUGUGCGCACGCGUGUUUUUUGUGUUUUUGUGUGUGUUAAACAUCUUGGGUGAUAUUUGUGAUAGUGAAAUCGUAAAUGCUCAGUAAAUGUAAGGGGAAUUAAUGUUUGGCAAUGUUUGUGGAGCUCAACUAAAAAAAAAUAAAAAAUAAAAAAUCUUAA